ACCGCCCCCUCCCAGACGCUAGGGGCGCUGCGCUGUGUGGAGACUUCCUCAAGUUCCCCCCGGUACACGUCAUGCAAACAGCAGCGUAAAGCUUCUGAGCAUGCGCCUCCACAGCUCCUUCAAGAUCUGCGGUCGGAAGAGCACCACUGAACGAUGAGGAACAUGCUGCAUGUGUUUUUGCUCCUGGCUCUGCUUGGUCUGGGCUCCGGAGAAGAGGGGGCCCGCUUGCUGGCCUCUAAAUCCCUGCUGAACCGCUAUGCUGUGGAGGGCCGUGACCUCACCCUGCAGUACAACAUCUACAAUGUGGGCUCCAGUGCUGCUCUGGAGGUGGAGCUGUCAGAUGAUUCUUUUCCUCCUGAAGACUUUGGAAUCGUUUCAGGAAUGUUGAAUGUCAAAUGGGACAGGAUCGCACCAGCCAGCAAUGUCUCUCACACAGUGGUGUUGCGCCCCCUGAAGGCUGGUUACUUCAACUUCACCUCUGCUACUGUCAGCUAUCUGGCCCAGGAGGGAGGACAAGUCGUGGUUGGCUACACCAGCGCCCCCGGCCAGGGAGGCAUCCUGGCCCAGAGGGAGUUCGACCGGCGCUUCUCCCCACACUAUCUGGACUGGGCAGCAUUUGGUGUGAUGACUCUGCCCUCCAUCGGCAUCCCUCUGCUCCUCUGGUAUUCCAGCAAAAGGAAGUACGAUUCACCGAAGGCCAAGAAGAACUGAGGUGGCCUGCUGGGUUUAAGGCUGUGGGGUGGGGAUGGAAAUCAAAGGGUUUUGUGGGCACAGGAUCUUAUUUAGUUGCUUAACCCAUAUUGGGGGUGAAAGUUGAAAGAAAAGUAAAGUGACCAAGGAACGGGGAUUUGUUAUUUGAUCAAACAAGGAGUGUUAACAGAACUUUGGCUCAGAAAGUAGAACAACAGCAAAAGUAAUGUGAACAGCUUCAGUGUGGUUACCAAACCAUGAGCGUCCACAUGAAAGCUCUUCAUUCUGAUCUACAGCUGAUGGCUUGAGCUUCACCAGCCGCUGUUAAUUCCUUCAUAUUUGCAAAUGGGUUCAUGUGACAGAACAAUUACAACGGCAGUUACUACUGUUACAGGUUUUUGUAAUUGUGGAUGUAACUAAAUUCAGAUUGGAAGUUUAUAGCCAGUUGUUAAAUAAAUAAAAACAAGCUUUUUUUUUUUUUUCUAAAA